AUGCCAUUGAAAGUACUCAACAACAAGCUCCUGGCAUCUAAUGUAAAAGAUGUAGAACGUGUCUUUCAAGAUAAUUUUCUCUUAAUCCCAACACAUGAUUCUCCUUGGCAUUAUAAAAUUAAGGAACUUGAAUUAGAGUUGAAAGGACAAGUGGUUUAUUCUGAACAAAUCAAGAUUAUGUGCAAUAUCAAUUUGCAAAAUGAAGAACUUACCAGUAAAACAAGCAAUAACUGGCAACUAUCUGAUAUAUUCGUGAAGGCAUCUUCCGCUAUUACCGAGGGUGUGCUAACAUUAAUCACUGCUGGAUUCUUACAAUGGAAAGAAAACAUUAAACGAUGGUAUGAUACAAACAAUGGAAUCAAACAAAUGCCCACACUGCUACUCAUUUAUCCGGGUAAUAUAGAGAAGUAUCUUUCCCCAGCAUUUACUCAUCUUGGUUUAGUGCAUGGACCAAAACUUACAUGUCGAGAGCAAUUGGGAAAACGAACUAGAAAAGGUGAAGACGAUAUUGAAGUGUCUGCUACAAAGGACAAAACAGUUAAUAUUUCAUCUGACGAAUAUGUUUACUCCACUGCGAAUAAUAGAAAUAAAAUUUUUAAUGAUGGAAACUUUGGAAUUUGA